UGUGAGUGGGUUCUGGGUGGACUAUAUAAAGGUAGGUGCUGCCACGCGCGCCCUCUGCGUGUGAAACAUCGGUCGGAUCGGACGGAGGUUUCUGGUGAGACCAGGUGGUGGUGAACAUGGUGCAGCUGUCUCCUUCUCCGACUCCGGAUGUCCAACAUCCACCUGAACGCUCAGAGGGAGGUGAGGAAAAACGGGAGGAUCCGGAUCAGGUGGCGGACGGUGGUCCGAAGGUGGAUCUGUCAGGGGGGCCGAACAGCCCCCAGCUGGAGGUCUCUACCGCCUACUACGGAUACGAAACUUACAUUGAAGACGGCCUCAUCUGCUUGAAGCAUAAAAUUCGGAACUUGGAGAAAAAGAAGCUGAAACUGAAGGACUACCAGAAGAGGCUGAGUCAGGGUGAGGUGCUGAACAAAGAUCAGAAGGCAGCUGUGGAAAAGUACGAGGAAGUGCUCCAUAACCUGGAAUUUGCUCGGGAGCUGCACAGAACCUUGGAUGGUCUGACCCAGAGUCUCCUGAAGGCCCAGAAGAAGGCGGUUAAGAAGGAGCAGGUGGAGAAGGUGGAGGCAGAGAGGAGGCGUCUGACGAUGGUGCUCAGAAUCCAGAACCUCCUUGCUGCCCUGCAGCAGGAACACAUCCAGAGAGCCCUGCUGGUGGGACAGAACCGGGCCCCCCUCAUCUCGGCCCAGCAGCUUCACAGCCUGAACCAGCUGGCCGCUCUACUGGGGGUCCAGAGGGACUGCAGACUCAGUUUAGAGGAGCAGAUGGAGCAAUCUGCGCUGGUCUACAUGGACCUUCUGGAGGGGAACGACAAACCAGUGGCUGGAUCCACAUAUAAACUCCUAAAAGAGGAGCUUGUCAGACUGUUGAACUCCAGCUACUUCAGUCGUCUUCCACCUCCACCCAGCAGGACUCCAGAGGGGUUGCAGAGCUCCACCACCAUGUUGAAACCAAAACCAAACGAAGUUUCCAAGGAGUUUUUCAACAGACUCUAUCUGACCGACGUGGAGACGCCUUCCACUCAAAACUGGAAGGAGGGCUUCCAGGCUACGAGGGAGCAGGAGCCUCCUGACAGCUGGGAUGGAUCCCCAUCACCUCAGACUACAGUCCACAAACCGUGGCGAGGAGCUGCCACUUUCAUCCCUAAGGUGGUCCCAGUUACCACCAAUAAGCAGACUGACUGCAAACCAACGAAAGAGAAGAAGACCAAAGGAGAACAAAAUCCCAAGUCUGUGCUGCAGAUAGACAUACCUGUGGAGGUUUUCAGCUCCCCAUCUGCUCUACCCAGAGACCCCGCCCUGAGGAAGCAGCACCUUGAAGACCUCAUCACCAAGAUCCAUGGCUCCUUCAGUUUCAUGCAGGACUCUCUCUUGGAUGGCGACAGCUCUUCCACCAAUGGCCAGCCCAGACUGAAGAGGCGUCCCUCCAGAGAGCCGUCUCCUCUGGCUCAGGGGGGGUUACGAAGUCCGACUGAUGCCAUUCCCAAAGCCAUGCAUUCCACCCCGCUGCCUCCCAGGAUGUUGGAGCGUAAAACCAGUCUAACCAGUGCAGAGCAGUCUCUGGACACCAGUGACGUGGAUCUUUGUCAGGAGCAGCUGCAGCUGGCCGAGCGGCAGACGUUCUCCUCACCACCGCUGUUCCGCAGGAACUCUGCUGCCUCCGGUCUGGAUGAGAACAUCUGUCCACCACCAAGGCCGGCGGCUGAUUUGGGGAAGCGGUCUCCCUGUAACGGGGUGAGGUCCUCUACGCCACCCCAGGCAGACUCCUUUUCCACGCCCCCCACCAGGCGGGCUCUCAGUUCUGCUCAGCUUCCCAACAUCCAGCCGGUGGGUACCACUCUGCCCCAGAACGGGGAACUCAACUACAAACCCAGUCCUGCAGUUUUCUCUAAGCCCAGGUACAGCACUGCCAGCACCCAGACACCUCCAGAGUUUGCUCAUCCUGAAGACCCUCAGAUGGCAUGCCAGUUAGAUUACACAGCGGGCGGCAGCGGGCAGUCCUUCCUGUCACCUGGUCGGCCAGGUGGAGGCGUGAGUAGGCCCAGCCAGUACUACAGAGGACCGGUGAGAGGUAUGACACGUGGUGGAAAAGGACUGGCACAAAGCUUUCGCUCCUCUGCUUGGCUCAGAGGAGGAUCCUACAUCCCGCAGUCUCAUCUCAGGGAGUCCGGACCUCUCCUCUAUGCAGCCAGCGAAUCUGGAUACCAACCCAUGUACAGACGAGGAGGAGGAGGGAGACACAACUCCAGUGCUUGGAGUGACUCUUCCCAGGUGAGCAGCCCAGACCGGGAAGGAACCUUUAUAACCAUGGACUCGGGUCAUGGCGACUCCAUGUCAGUAUCCACAGUGGAGGUCCCACUCACUCCCCACAGCCACCACCCCACCGCCUUACUUCCUAUGCAGCUCUACCCACUCUCCCAGCCACUGCGUGUUGCGUUCACUGCCUCUCGCACCGCCAACUUUGCCCCAGGAAACCUAGACCAGCCCAUCGUGUUUGACCAGCUGCACAGCAACCUGGGGGAGAUGUACGACACCCACAUCGGCCGCUUCACCUGCCCCGUCAACGGGACCUACGUCUUUAUCUUCCACAUCUUAAAACUCGCCAUCAAUGUUCCCCUCUAUGUUAACCUCAUGCGCAACGAGGAGGUGAUGGUGUCGGCGUACGCCAAUGACGGAGCUCCAGAUCACGAGACUGCCAGCAACCACGCCAUCCUACCUCUGUUCCAAGGGGACCAGGUGUGGCUCCGGCUGCAUCGGGGUGCCAUCUAUGGAAGCACCUGGAAGUACAGUACCUUUUCUGGCUUCCUGCUGUAUCAGGACUGAUCAGCUGGAAGCCGAACGGCCCUCUUCUUCCAUGUGGACUGGUGGAUUUGUCCCUCAUGGGGAUCAAACUGGCGUCUCAUGUGGUCAGUUGCCCUUGUCACCAUAAAACCCAUUCAGAAUGUUGAUCUAUUGGUGAAAAAUGGCGUUUCUUUACACUUAGAGUAGGUUUAGGGGUUACGUAAGCUUGACUCAGACGGACUUGCUGGACUCCUGUUCAGUAGAUUGUGGUGUUGCACCUGGAGCCGGGUCCCAGCUUCUGAACUCCCGUUGCAGUAUAUCAUUGUUUAGCACGGCCUCCAGUCACAUUUUGGUGGCAACUCUUUUGCAAUGUUAUGAAUUUGUGCCUUCUUUUUUUUCUGGUUGGCUUUUGGACAACUGUCCGGGUGUUAAACCGUUAAUGGUUUAACUAACGAGGUGAAUUAUAAGUGACUAGAAGCACUCUAUGCUCGAUGCUGGUCUCAUGACAUCUGGACUAGCUCAGGAUGGGAGAAAUGUACUGUAGGUAGGUGGUGGGAAUGGUGUUGUACACUUGAGACCAACUUGGAGCACCGACAGGUUGUUUGGAGAAAUAAAUGGUCUGUUAGUGCCUGAAUAAAAGAUUA